AUGGCCACGGCUGUCUCCUCCGCGCCGGCGAGCGGGAGCCGCUCCCUCAGCCGUGCCGCCGCCGCCUCGCCGCUGAGCCCGACGCGGCUGAGCCGGCUGCAGGAGAAGGAGGAGCUGCAGCAGCUCAAUGACCGCCUGGCCGCCUAUAUCGAGCGGGUGCGGGCGCUGGAGGCCGACAAGUCGGUGCUGCAGCAGCGGCUGGCGGAGCAGGAGGCGAGCAGCGACCGGGAGUUGGGCGGCCUGCGGCUCUGCUACGAGGCGGAGCUGGCGGACGCCCGCCGGGCGCUGGACGACAUCGCCAUCGAGCGGGCCACGCUGCAGGUGGAGCUGGGCAAGAUCGGCGAGGAGCACCGGCAGCUGCACAGCAGGAAUUCAAAAAAAGAAGCUGAUUUAAACCUAGCACAGGCUCGUAUGAGAGACCUUGAUGCUCAGCUGAACGCGAAGGAAGCUGCCUUAGCAACAGCUUUGAAUGAGAACCGAAGUUUGGAGAAUGACCUUCGUGAAUUAAAGGAUCAAGUAGUCACUCUGAAGCUGUCACUGGAAGAUACCAAAAAGCAUCUCCACAGUGAAAUGUUGAGGAGGGUGGACCUGGAAAAUCAUAUGAAAACUUUGCAGGAACAAAUGACGUUCCAGAAGCGCCUUCACGAAGAUGAGCUCAAGGAGACAAAAAGAGUCCAUGAGAGCAGGAUAGCAGAAAUAGAAUCCGUCCGUCAGAGAGAAUUUGAGACUAAGCUCUCGGAUGCUCUGCAGGGGCUCAGAAAACAACAUGAAGAACAAAUUCAAGGAUACAAAGAGGAGCUGGAGCGAACAUUCAGUGCAAAAAUGGAGAAUGCCCAACUAUCUGCAGCAAGAAGUACUGACUUUGCCAAUGCUGCUCGGGAGGAGCUGAUGGAAACAAAGCUGAGAGUUGAUACGCUGACAUCUCAAGUUAAUAAAUAUCAAAGCCAGAAUGUUGCUUUGGAGAACAGAAUAAGGGAGCUACAGGAGAGACUAGAUUAUGAUCGUGAUCUCCAUCGAAGGCGUAUGGCUGAAAAAGAGAAAGAAAUGGCACAAGCCCAGCAGCAGGCACAAGCACAGUUGGAAGAAUAUGAGCACCUCUUAGAUGUGAAACUGGCUCUAGAUCUGGAAAUAAAUGCCUACAGAAAGAUGUUGGAAGGAGAGGAACAGAGGCUAAGGCUGUCACCCAGUCCAUCUUCACACAGCACUGCAACUCAAGUAGCAAGUCAAGGGCGACGGUUCCUGCAUGGGAAGAAAAGAAAAAUGAAAGAAGCAAAAAAGAGAGGGCAUAGUGCUGGAUUUAAGACUGUUCAGCAUGCUUCAUCUUCUGGAAAUGUAUCUAUUGAAGAAAUUGAUGCAGAUGGGAAAUUUGUCAGGCUUAAAAACAACUCUGAUGAGGAUCAACCACUACAUGGAUGGGUGUUAAGAAGACAUCUUGGAAGUGUGUCAGAUGUAACAUACAAAUUUCCAUCAAGGUUCACUCUUCAGGCAGGCCAAGUAGUUACAAUCUGGGGUGCAGCUGCUGGUGUAAGCCCAGGUCCUAGUGAUCUGGUCUGGAAGUCUCAGAAGUCUUGGGGAACUGGGAAUAAUAUUGGUGUUACACUCAUCACAGAUGAUGGUGAGGAACUUGCAGAGAGGAAGAUAAUGCAUGUACCCAGUGGAGAAGAAAGUGGUGAGCAAGAUGACGAUUAUGAAGAAAUAACUGGAAGUGAAAUGGAGUUUCCAUCUCAGCAACUUUACAAUACGGUUGUAUGCCACUUAUGCAAAAUGAGGAUCCUAGCUGUUCUAUCAUGUAAUGUGGAUAAAGAGAACAUCUGAAAACAGCUCUUAAUCCCAGGUGACAUAGACUACAUGUGUUUUGGUAUCUUCUGCAACAUCUGAAACUUGGAAUUCACAUCUCCCAUCUGACCUCUUUGUAAGAAACAUUGUCCAUAACAUGAUGAAAUUUCCUACCUUCUGAUACUGGACCCUGUCCUUGGAUUCACUGAUAUAAAGAGCAGUAGAAUACAAGCUCCAUGUGAAGUUAUUCUUACUUUAACACAAGGAUUUGGUUUCCGUGACCUGCUGAAACAGAGGAGGGUACAGAGUUUACAAAACUUCGGAACAUAUGCCCUAGAAGGAUGCCUAAUACUUGACGAUGAGCGUGAGGCUGCCUCAGCUUUCUUGAUAUUCUGAUAUGGUGUUUCUCCAAAGGUAACUUCUGUUUCAAGCCUGAGUGGGAAACUACAUGGGCCAGAUUACACCCUAGCUUAGACCUUGAGCAAAUCUGUUUUACUUCAGCCAAGUUCAUGGUCCUGAAGAAUGCUGAGUGUCUGAAAGGUUUCCUGCUCAGAUCCUGAAAUAUAUGAAACUGGUCUAGAUCACUUGCUAGAGAACUUCCUAGAGUGAAACAUUUUAAAAUUAAAAGCAAGUUGUAAAAAAUUCUUGUCUGUUAUUAAAUGUACUGUUUCUAUAUUCUAGCACCUGGAAAUCUACAAGUUUCAGUAUUGUAUGUUCCUACAUACAGUAUAUUACAGCAUAGCUGUGUCAACCUUAAUUUGGACAUUUGUAAAUGUGAAAAAGCAUCUCAUUCCAACAGAAGGUACUGUAACUAGCAAUAUUAGCACUCUGUUUGAAUGGUCCCAACAGGCCAGCUUUCAGCAUGUUUUUUUCUUCUAGCCCCUUAGAAACAAAAAUCAAAACUAGAAAGCACCAACUGUAGUAAAAGAUGCAUCAAAAAUAUCUGCUUUUAAGAGUCCUUAUGUACUAAAUCUCUGCGCAGCCUGCAGUACUGAUUUGUGUAUGUCUAAUGGGGCAGUUGGGGGAAUACUGUCUAUUGGAUGGUAUGUAAUUUACUGUAAAUUGAAUAGCUCUGUAGUCCAUGUGAAGCCUGGCCUGUAACCCUCAGAAAGCAGGCAGUCAGCCUUUGGGGCCACUGCAUUCAAUUAUUCUUAGCCUCUUAUUACUACAAUGCUUACCUGCUGGCUCCAUGGUAAAGAAAGGGCCUUGAUGAGCCAUAUGAAGUAUACUUCUCUUAAGAGCAGGAGGGGGAGUAGCUGAAGGGAGAGGAGCAGCUGAGACUGCAGACUUCUCCAAAUGCUGGAAGAGUUCUUUGACUGCCCCUUACCUUGCCAAAGUAUUCAGUUCUCUGUUAGGAUGCAGUUGUUAAGGUGAGGCUUUCCUUAUACUAACUUAAAUUCUCUUAUUUAAAAAUUCUAGUUUUGAGGCAUCAAGAAUAGAUGCUGGUUGAAUACUUGCAUUUUAGCACAUCUGAAUUCUUGUAUGUUACAGCCCACAGGGCAAGGUGAUAGCAGCAGCUAUUUCUAUAUUUAUCUUGAUUUAUUAAACUUUUUUAACUAUCAAAGAUACUUUUCAUUUAUAUAACCUGUGCCUAUUAAAGUCCAGGACUGCUUUUAAG